CACUUCUUCUUCUCUCUUUCUAUACAUUCAAAAGUCAGCGCCGUCCUUUCUUUCUCCAAUUCUUUCAUCUUUUUUUACCAAAUUCCUAAACAAAUUUGUUUCGUUUUUUUACAAAUUUUAAUUUCAUUUUUCUCUUUUGGAUUUCUGUAUAAUUUUCAUCCAUGGCUGCCGGAAACGACGAUUGGGAUCUUUCCGCCGUCGUCCGGAGUUGCAAUUCAGCUGGUUCCGCUACUGACCCAACAUCCGCCGCGGCGGAAGAAUCUGCGUUGUCUUGUCUAGCUUCUUUAACGUUCGACGACGAUCCAAACGACGUCGCAUUCUCCUUUUCCGAUAUCUUUCAACCAAAACAGCCAAACGGCUUCCAUGAGUUACACCAAGCCUUCAUCUCUUUUCUCCCUAACCCCUCCACCACCGCCACCACCGUCACAACCGUACCUGCUGCUGAGCCCGAAAUCCCUUACUUAACAACCCCCCCGACGAAUCGCCAUUUCCGUCAGGUAAUGAAACCCAUUCGGCCAAACCCACACCCACAUCCUGUGGCGCUGCACCACCACCACCGGCAACCGCCGUUUUCGCCGGACCUCCCUAAUUCGCCAAUGACGCAUUCUCUCAUACCUAAAUCGAGAAAAAGGCAAAACCAACAGAAGAGAAGGGUAUGCCAUGUUACUGCAGAUAACCUCUCGACGGACAUGUGGGCUUGGCGUAAAUAUGGGCAAAAGCCCAUUAAAGGAUCUCCGUAUCCAAGAAACUAUUACCGUUGCAGCAGCUCAAAAGGGUGUGGAGCAAGAAAGCAAGUUGAACGCAGCAACGACGAUCCCGAAACUUUCACCAUCACAUACACCGGCGAUCACUCUCAUCCCCGUCCAACUCACCGUAAUUCCCUCGCCGGAAGUUCCCGCAACAGGUCCUCCUCCUCCUCCUCCUCCUCCCGACACCCCACCAUGGGUGAUUCCGAUCCCCCGAUGAUGACCGCCUCCGUUCUCCUACCCUCCUCCUCUUCCCCUGCAGCUUCUCCCAUCACACCGCUGAACGACUACGAUUCCACCAUCGGCGAGAAAGAUGGAGAGAUGUUUGAAGAUAUGCCGAUUGAUAGUGACGAUGAAGACGAUGAUGACGAUAUUCUGAUCCCGAACCUGACGGUGAGAGAUGAAAUCUAUGUUGGGUUUGAUGGGGUUGGGAGGGGACGGUCAUCGUAACCCGACGGCGACCGCGACGAGUGGUGAAUUGUAAUAAUACUUUUCUUCUUUUUUAGCAUUUUAGUCAUUGUAAUUAGUUUUUAGUUUAGUGUUUUAUAAAUUUACAAGUGUUAAUUAAUUAGGCUUAGAGCUCUAAUUUCAAAGUUAAAUUUAAGUUAAUCUCGUUUGAAUAACUAAAUCCAAGGAACCAAAGUA